UAAAAACUCAGCUCUAAUUAGCUAAGAAGGUAACAUCUAUCAAAACUUUAAAAUUAGUGAUCUACUUUCCAUUCAAUCAAACAUUGACCAUGACAGGCACACCUGAAGAAACACAACCCCAUCAACCGGCUUCAACAUCACCUCCCAAACCCAAAGAACCUGAGUCCUAUAACCCCUUUUGUACAUCCACAAACACAGAUGAAUCACAGCCUCAUCAUCAACCUCCAUUAACAGCAGCAACUUCAUCAUCUUCAACUCCGCCAUCGGAUGAGGAGACCAAGAAAUGGGGUACUCACAUCAUGGGAGCACCAGCAGUCCCUACUGUUCACCCUGAUAACCAGAAGGCUGCUUUGUGGAGUGCUGCUGACCACCAACAAAUUUACCACCAACCUUAUAUUGUCUACUCUCCUGUGGACAAGCCAUCCAAUAAUCCUUUGGAACCUGUGAUUCACAUGUUCAAUAACUGGAGCAGGAAAGCUGAGACUGUAGCCCACAACGUCUGGCACCACCUUAAAACUGGGCCAUCUAUAUCGGAAGCUGCAUGGGGGAAGGUGAACCUGACAGCCAAAGCAAUAACAGAAGGUGGAUUUGAGUCUCUCUUUAAGCAGACUUUUGCAACUAAUCCGAAUGAGAAGCUAAAGAAGACAUUUGCUUGUUACCUUUCCACGUCUACCGGCCCAGUAGCUGGAACACUCUAUCUGUCAACAGCUCAUGUGGCUUUCUGCAGUGAUCGCCCCUUGUCUUUCACUGCUCCAUCAGGACAAGAAGCUUGGAGCUAUUACAAGGUUAUGAUACCAUUGGAAAAUAUAGGCACAAUCAACCCUGUGAUCAUGAGAGAAAAUCCACCAGAGAAGUACAUUCAGAUUGUUACUAUUGAUGGUCAUGACUUCUGGUUCAUGGGUUUUGUUAAUUUCGAGAAAGCAUUGCAUCACCUCUUAAGCAGUGUGUCAGAUUUCAGAGCGGCACAGGCAGUUUUGGAUGGCAGAUGAUUGCAUUCCUUGUUGGAUCCUUUGUCCUCUUCAAAAUUUUGAUGUUAUUCUGUUUGUUAUUGCUUUCUGUAUGCAUGGAUGUAUAAAAGGCAACAGUUUGUCUGCCUUAGUUUUGUGAUUCACAUCUGCCCUUUUCAUUUAGUGUUUUUGUACGUUUGUCUAUGUAUAUAUUGCUUGUUCCAAACUAUACAUUUUAUACAUACUUUCGUGCCUGGUUGUAUAUUA